ACUUCGCUGCUGCUGCUGCUGCUGUUCUCCUCCCGCGGCCGGCAGCGGCGACGGCAGCAACUUCCUCUCCCCUUGCUCGCCUUGGCGCGGCUGCCCCAUCCCGCGCGAGCCUGGAUGAGCGGCUGCCCGGUGCGCGGCGGCGGCGGCGGCGGAGCAUGGCGCUGGAUCGGAGCUGGUCGGCCCCGCCGGUCCGGAUUUGUCCUCCCCGGCUUCCUCUGGUGCUGCUGGUGGUGCUGGUGAUGCUCUCGGCUGCCGCCCGGGCCGCCUACCCUCGCUUCUCGCCCUUCUUCUUCCUCUGCACCCACCACGGGGAGUUGGAAGGGGACGGCCAGCAAGGCGAGGUGCUCAUCUCCCUCCACUUGGGGGGCAACCCCACUUUCUACGUGCCGGGACAGGAAUAUCACGUGACUAUUUCAACAAGCACCUUUUUUGAUGGCAUAUUAGUCACAGGACUUUAUACAUCGACCAGUGUUCAGACUUCGCAGAGCAUUGGUGGGUCCAGUGCAUUUGGAUUUGGAAUAAUGUCUGAUCACCAAUUUGGGAAUCAGUUCAUGUGCAGUGUGGUUGCAUCACACGUCAGCCACCUUCCAACCACAAAUCUCAGUUUCGUUUGGAUUGCCCCUCCUGCAGGAACAGGCUGCGUGAAUUUUAUGGCAACUGCUACUCACAGAGGUCAAAUUAUAUUCAAAGAUGCUUUAGCCCAGCAGUUGUGUGAACAAGGAAGUCCAACAGAAGCUCCCUUGCAUCCUCUCUUAGCCGAGAUGCACAGCGACAGCAUCAUUUUGCGGGACGAUUUUGAUUCUUAUCAUUUGCAAGGACUGAAUCCCGCGAUGUGGUUUGAAUGCAGCAACUGUGAGGUUGGAGACCAGUGUGGCGUCAUCAUGCACGGGAGUGCCGUCACUUUCUGCGAACCAUACGGGCCGCGAGAACUAAUUACCAAUGGUCUCAACACAACCACAGCUUCUGUGCUCCAAUUUUCAAUAGGGUCAGGUUCGUGCCGGUUUAGUUACUCCGAUCCAGACAUCAUUGUCUCCUAUUCAAAGAAUAAUUCAGAAGAUUGGAUUCAGCUGGAGAAAAUUAGAGCUCCUUCUAACGUCAGCACCAUCAUCCACAUUCUGUAUCUCCCCAAAGAAGCCAAAGGAGAAAAUAUCCAAUUUCAGUGGAAACAGGAAUAUGUACACGUGGGUGAUGUGUACGAAUCCUGCUGGGCCUUGGACAAUAUCUUGAUCAUCAACGCAGCUCACAGGCAAAUCGUUUUAGAAGACAAUCUCGACCCUGUGGAUACAGGAAACUGGCUGUUUUUCCCCGGAGCCACGAUUAAGCAUAGCUGUCAGUCAGAUGGAAAUGCGAUUUACUUCCACGGAACCGAAGGCAGCGAGUUAAAUUUUGCCACGACACGCGACGUGGACCUGUCCACUGAAGAUGCUCAGGAGCAAUGGGCCGAAGAAUUUGAGACCCAGCCAAAAGGAUGGGAGAUAUCCGGAGCAAUCAUCGGCACUGAAUGUGGGACCUUGGAAUCAGGCUCAUCUGCCGUGUUCCUCAGAGAAGGAGAGAGAAAACUAUGCACUCCAUACAUGGACAUGACAGGUUAUGGGAAUCUGAGGUUUUAUUUCAGCAUGGGGGGAAGCUGCGGCAGUGGAGAAGCUCAUGAAAACGAUGUCCUAUUAUAUGCAAAAAUUGAAGGAAGAAAAGAUCACAUACCUCUUGAUGUAAUGACCUAUGCUUCCCACAGGAAUCCCUCUUUGGUCUCAGUGGUCAUCGGUCCAGAACUUCAGACCCCGGCAACCAAAUUCUGCCUCAAGCAGAAGAAUCACCAAGGGCAUAACCGAAAUAUCUGGGCUGUUGAUUACUUCCAUGUCCUGCCAGUCCUGCCUUUCACUGUUACGCAUAUGAUCCAGUUUUCCAUUAACUUGGGAUGCGGAACCCAUCAACCAGGCAACAGGAUAAUUUCGGUGGAAUUGCCCGAAGAUGCAAGACAGUUCGGCAUUCAGUUCCGAUGGUGGCAACCAUACCAUUCUUCUCAAGGUGAAGAUGUUUGGGCCAUUGAUGAAAUCAUCAUGACCUCCGUGCUUUUCAAUAGCAUUAGCCUGGACUUCACCAACUUGUUGGAAGUUACUCAGUCCCUUGGAUUCUACUUGGGGAAUGUUCAACCAUACUGUGGCCAUGACUGGACACUUUGUUUUACGGGCGAUUCCAAGUUAGCUUCUAGUAUGCGUUACGUAGAAACACAAUCUAUGCAAAUUGGAGCAUCGUAUAUGAUUCAAUUCAACUUGGUGAUGGGCUGUGGCCAGCAGUACACACCCCACAUGGACAAUCAGGUGAAACUGGAAUACUCCACUAAUCAUGGCCUGACUUGGCAUCUGGUUCAAGAGGAAUGCCUUCCAAGCAUGCCCAGUUGUCAAGAAUUUACUCCAGCAAGUAUCUACCACUCCAGUGAAUAUACAAAAUGGAGAAGAAUCACCGUCCUUUUACCCCAAAAAACAUGGUCCAGUGCCACACGCUUCCGCUGGAGUCAGUGCUAUUACACCUCUCAAGACGAAUGGGCCCUCGACAACAUCUAUAUAGGGCAGCAGUGCCCAAAUAUGUGCAAUGGGCAUGGCUGGUGCGAUCACGGCCUUUGCAGAUGUGACUCUGGAUACCAAGGCACUGAAUGCCACCCUGAAAAUAAUCUGCCUUCGACGAUAAUGUCUGAUUUUGAGAACCCGGACACUUUGGAAAAAGAAUGGCAGGAGGUCAUUGGUGGAGAGAUUGUAAAACCAGAACAAGGCUGCGGGGUGAUCUCUUCUGGAUCCUCUCUUUAUUUCAACAAGGCUGGGAAGAGACAAUUGGUGAGCUUGGAUUUGGACACUACGUGGGUAGACUUCGUCCAGUUUUACAUUCAGAUUGGCGGAGAGAGCGCUUCCUGCAACAAACCAGACAGCAGAGAAGAAGGAGUCCUCCUGCAAUACAGCAACAAUGGAGGCAUCAACUGGCACGCCCUGGCAGAAAUGUACUUCUCUGACUUCAGCAAAUCCAGGUUCGUCUAUCUGGAGCUCCCUCCUGCUGCGAAGACCCCCUGCACACGAUUCCGUUGGUGGCAGCCGGUGUUUUCUGGAGAAGGCUACGACCAGUGGGCUAUCGAUGACAUCAUCAUUCUGUCCGAAAAGCUGAAACAGAUCAUCCCUGUGGCUAACCCCACGUUGCCUCAGAAUUUUUACGAGAAACCAGCCUUUGAUUAUCCCAUGAACCAGCUCAGCAUGUGGCUAAUGUUAGCUAAUGAAGGAAUGCCCAAAAAUGAAACAUUUUGUUCGACUACCCCAUCAGCGAUGAUAUUUGGAAAGUCAGACGGGGACCGGUUUGCGGUGACACGGGAUUUAGUGCUGAAACCAGGUUACGUCCUUCAAUUCAAGCUGAACAUUGGAUGCACCGAUCAGUUCAGCAGCUCUGCCCCAGUCCUCCUUCAGUAUUCCCACGAUGCUGGCUUGUCUUGGUCGCUGGUGAAGGAGGGCUGCUUCCCAGCAUCCCCCGGGGUGAAAGGGUGCGAAGGAAGCACCAGGGAAUUGACGGAGCCCACCAUGUAUUACGCGGGAGACUUUGAAGAGUGGACGAGGAUCACCAUCGUCGUGCCGAGAUCUCUCGCUGCCAGGAAGACCAGAUUCCGCUGGAUCCAAGAGAGCCGCUCGCAAAAGAGUCUCCCUCCCUUUGGCUUGGACGGAGUGUAUAUUUCAGAGCCGUGUCCCAACUACUGCAAUGGUCAGGGAGACUGCAUUUCCGGCGUCUGUUUUUGUGACAUGGCCUAUACAGCUUCACAUGGGACCUGUGUGUCUAAUGUACCUAAUCCCAGCGAGAUGUUUGACAGAUUUGAGAGGAAGUUGAGUCCUCUUUGGUACAAGAUAACCGGAGCUCAAGUUGGAAAUGGCUGCGGAAUAUUGAACGAUGGGAAAUCUCUUUACUUUGGCGGGUCGGGCAAGCGGGAAGCACGGACCGUCGCUCUGGAUACCACAGGCAUCAGACUAGUUCAGUUCUAUGUGCAAAUUGGAAGCAAAACAGCUGGUACUGAUUGCAACAGACCCCGAGCCAGGAACGAAGGACUUGUGGUCCAGUAUUCAAACGACAACGGAAUCAGCUGGACUUUGCUACGAGAACUGGACUUCUUGUCUUUCUUGGAACCACAGAUUGUGUCUAUCGAAUUGCCCCGGGAGGCCAAAACAUCGGCCACCGCAUUUCGGUGGUGGCAACCUCAACAUGGAAAGCAUUCAGCCCAAUGGGCUUUGGAUGACGUGCUUGUGGGAAUGAACGACAGCUCUCCGAUGGGUUUUCAAGACAAAUUUGAUGGCUCUGUAGAUUUGCAGGCAAAUUGGUACCGGGUUCAAGGGGGGCAGGUCGACAUCGAUUGUCUAUCUAUGGAUACUUCUCUCAUCUUCAGUGAAAAUAUAGGAAAGCCUCGUUAUGCGGAGACCUGGGAUUUCCACGUGGCGGAUUCCACCUUCAUGCAGUUUGAGCUGAACAUGGGCUGCAGCAAGCCCUUCGGCGAUUCCCACGGCAUCCAUUUCCAGUAUUCCCUGAACAACGGGAAAGACUGGCAUCUGGUGACGGAGGAGUGUGUGCCGCCCAGGAUAGGCUGCCAACAUUACACCGAGAGCUCGGUUUACAGUUCAGAAAGGUUCCAGAAUUGGAAACGGAUCACGCUGUCUCUUCCUGCCGCAGCCAUGUCCCCCAGAACACGCUUCCGAUGGAUCCAACAUGAUUACACGCCUGGUGGGGAUACCUGGACUAUUGAUAAUGUCAUCCUGGCUACCGGAUGUCCCUGGAUGUGUUCCGGUCAUGGAAUCUGUGAUUCUGGGCAUUGUGUGUGUGACAGAGGCUUUGGAGGGCCUUAUUGUGUGCCUACGGUUCCUCUCCCAACUGUGCUAAAGGAUGACUUCAAUGCCAAUCUCCAUCCAGACCUUUGGCCGGAGGUCUACGGAGCCGAGAGAGGAAACCUGAACGGGGACACCAUCAAAUCCGGAACCAGCCUCAUCUUCAAAGGGGAAGGGUUGAGGAUGCUCGUUUCAAGGGAUUUAGACUGUACAAACACAAUGUACAUUCAGUUUUCGUUCAGAUUUUUAGCUAAAGGUACCCCAGAGAGAUCUCAUUCAAUUCUGCUCCAGUAUUCCGUCAACGGAGGAAUCACGUGGCAUCUGAUAGAUGAGUUUUACUUCACCCAAACAACUGAUGUCCUUUUCAUCAACAUCCCACUGCCAUAUUCAGCCCGGAACAGCGCUACCCGUUUCAGGAUCUGGCAACCCUACAACAACGGUAAGAAGGAGGAGAUUUGGAUUAUAGAUGACUUCAUCAUUGAUGGAAAUAACCUCAAAAAUCCUGUGAUCCUUUCGGAUACCUUUGACUUGGGCCCAAAGGAAGACAAUUGGUUUUUCUAUCCUGGUGGCAACAUUGGAGUUUAUUGUCCAUAUUCAUCCAAAGGAGCACCAGAAGAAGAUUCUGCUAUGGUAUUUGUUUCAAAUGAAGUUGGAGAGCAUUCGAUUACAACGAGAGAUUUGAACGUAAACGAAAAUACCAUUAUCCAGUUUGAGAUUAAUAUUGGCUGCACCACAGAUAGCUCCUCUUCUGACCCAGUGAAACUUGAAUUCUCCCGAGACUUGGCAACCUGGCACCUGCUACUUCCUUUAUGCUAUAGUAGCAGCAGCUAUCUCAGUUCUCUCUGCUCGGUUGAGCAUCAUCCAAGUAGCACCUACUACGCUGGAACAACCCAGGGCUGGAGAAGAGAAGUCAUCCAUUUUGGAAAGCUACAUCUUUGUGGCUUGGUGAGAUUCCGAUGGUACCAAGGAUUUUAUCCAACUGCUCAACCGGUGACCUGGGCCAUUGACAACGUCUACAUAGGGCCACAUGUGAGGAGAUGCAGCGGGCACGGCAGUUGUAUCAAUGGGAGCAAGUGCAUCUGUGACCCUGGAUAUUCUGGACCCACCUGUAGAAUAACCACCAAGAACCCCGAUUUUCUCAAGGAUGAUUUUGAAGGUCAACUGGAGUCGGACAGGUUCUUACUGGUCAGUGGCGGAAAACCAUCCAGGAAAUGUGGAAUCCUGUCUGGAGGAAACAACCUUUUCUUUAACGAGGAAGGAUUACGAAUGUUAAUGACUCAAGAUCUGGAUUUAUCCCAAGCUAGAUUUGUUCAAUUCUUCAUGAGGCUGGGAUGUGGCAAAGCCGUACCUGAUCCCAGGAGUCAGCCAGUGUUGUUACAAUACUCCCUUAAUGGCGGACUCCGGUGGAAUCUACUGCAGGAAUUUCUCUUCAGCAAUUCGAGCAACGGACGUUACAUCGCUUUGGAAAUCCCUUUAAAAGCUCGUUCUCCCUCUACGCGCCUCCGGUGGUGGCAACCUUCUGAGAACGGACAUUUCUACAGCCCUUGGGUCAUUGACCAGAUCCUCAUUGGCGGGAAUAUUUCCGGCAACACGGUCCUGGAAGAUGAUUUCAGCACCUUGGACAGCAAGAAAUGGCUCCUCCACCCGGGGGGAACCAAAAUGCCCGUCUGUGGCUCCUCGGGGGACGCUUUGGUCUUCAUUGAGAAGGCCAGCACUCGCUACGUGGUCACCACCGACAUCGCCAUAAACGAGGACUCUUUCCUUCAGCUGGAUUUUGCUGCGUCUUGUUCAGUCACCGAUUCUUGUUACGCUAUUGAGUUGGAAUAUUCUGUGGACCUUGGUUUGACAUGGCAAUCUGUGGUAAGGGACUGCCUUCCUACUAACGUAGAAUGCAACAGGUAUCACCUCCAGAGGGUCUUGGUAUCCGACACCUUCAACAAAUGGACAAGAAUUAUCUUGCCACUUCCUCCUUACACCAGAUCGGAUGCGACCCGCUUCCGUUGGCACCAAACAGCUCCUUUUGACAAGCAGCAAACGUGGGCUAUUGACAAUGUCUACAUAGGCGACGGCUGUAUAGAUAUGUGCAGCGGGCAUGGAAGAUGUACUGAAGGAAACUGCGUGUGUGAUGAAAACUGGAGCGGGUUAUACUGCGACGAGCCAGAUGUGUUCCUCCCCACACAGCUGAAAGACAAUUUCAACCGUGCCCCAACCAGCCAGAACUGGCUAACUGUCAAUGGAGGGAAACUGAGCACCGUCUGCGGUGCGGUGGCUUCUGGGAUGGUUCUUCAUUUUAGCGGGGGAUGCAGCCGUUUGCUCGUGACAGUGGAUCUCAACCUCACCAAGGCGGAAUUCAUUCAGUUUUAUUUCAUGUAUGGAUGCCUGAUCAGCCCCAACAGCCGUAACCAAGGAGUUCUCCUGGAAUACUCAGCGAAUGGCGGCAUCACGUGGACGCUUUUGAUGGAAAUAUUUUAUGACCAGUUCAGCAAGCCUGGCUUCGUAAACAUUCUCCUCCCUCCGGAUGCCAAGCGAGUGGGGACUCGUUUUCGCUGGUGGCAGCCUAAACACGAAGGUCUCGACCAAAGCGAUUGGGCAAUUGACAACGUCUUAAUCUCGGGCUCGGCGGAUCAGAGGACGGUGAUGCUGGAUACAUUUAGCAGUGCGCCGUUGCCCCAGCACGAACAGUCUCCAGCUGACGCGGGGCCGACGGGCAGAAUUGCUUUUGAUAUGUUUGUAGACGACAGAACCACAGUGAACGACCUCUGGAUGUUCCAUGACGAUUGCUCCAUCGAAAAAUUCUGUGAUUCUCCGGAUGGCGUCCUGAUGUGCGGUAGCCAUGAUGGCAGAGAGGCCUACGCCAUCACCCAUGACCUCACUCCUACGGAGCAUUGGAUCAUGCAGUUCAAGAUUUCCGUCGGAUGUAAAACCUCUGAAAAAAUUGCUCAGAACCAAGUCCACGUACAAUACUCCACCGAUUUUGGCGUGAGUUGGAGAUACCUCAUCCCUCAAUGUUUGCCUGCCGACCCGAAGUGCUCUGGGGCCGUUUCCCAGCCCUCGGUCUUCUUUCCGACCAAAGGAUGGAAAAGGAUAACGUACCCAUUGCCUGAAAACCUAGUAGGAAAUCCAGUGAGAUUCAGGUUUUAUCAGAAGUACUCCGAUAUGCAGUGGGCCAUUGACAAUUUCUACCUUGGUCCUGGUUGUGUCGAAAACUGCCAAGGCCAUGGUGAUUGCUUGCAAGAGCAGUGCAUUUGCGACCCUGGAUACUCCGGGCCGAAUUGUUACUUGACCCAUCCUCUGAAGACCUUCUUGAAGGAGCGUUUUGACAACGAAGAAAUUCGCCCUGAUUUAUGGAUGUCCCUGGAAGGCGGACUGGCCUGCCUGGAAUGUGGGGUCCUGGCCGAGGACACGGCUCUAUAUUUUGGGGGACCAACAGUGAGGCAGGCAAUGACUCAAGACCUGGACCUGCGGGGCGCAAAGUUUCUACAAUACUUUGGAAGAAUAGGGAGUGAAAACAACAUGACCACUUGUCAUAGACCAACAUGUCGAAAGGAAGGAGUUCUACUGGAUUACUCAACAGAUGGAGGAAUAUCGUGGACAUUACUACAUGAGAUGGAUUAUCAGAAAUAUAUCUCCAUCAGGCACGAUUAUAUUCUGCUCCCAGAAGAGGCUCUGACCAACACAACUCGACUACGCUGGUGGCAACCAUUUGUAAUUAACAACGGCAUUGUUGUUUCGGGGUUUGAUCGUGCUCAGUGGGCCCUGGAUAAUAUACUGAUUGGCGGAGCAGAAAUCAAUCCAAGUCAACUGGUGGACACAUUUGAUGAUGAAGGGAUCUCCCACGAAGAAAACUGGAGUUUCUAUCCAAAUGCAGUCAGGACGGCGGGAUUCUGCGGUAACCCCUCCUUCCAUCUCUACUGGCCUAACAAGAAAAAGGAUCAGACGUAUAAUAUCUUGUCCUCCCGCGAGCUCAUUAUACAACCUGGAUACAUGAUACAGUUUAAAAUUGUCGUUGGCUGUGAAGCAACAUCUUGUGGUGAUCUCCAUUCGGUAAUGCUGGAAUACUCUAAGGAUGCUAGAUUAGAUUCCUGGCAGCUCGUCCAGACCCAGUGCCUUCCGUCUUCCUCCAACAGCGUUGGAUGCUCCCCGUUUCAGUUUCAUGAGGCAACCAUCUAUAACUCUGUCAACAGCUCCACUUGGAAGAGGAUAACCAUCCAACUGCCGGAUCACGUCUCCUCCAGUGCAACUCAGUUCCGAUGGAUCCAGAAAGGAGAAGAACCAGAAAAACAAAGUUGGGCGAUUGAUCAUGUCUACAUUGGAGAAGCAUGUCCCAAACUCUGCAGCGGCCACGGAUACUGUACCACCGGUGCCAUUUGUAUUUGUGAUGAAGAAUACCAAGGGGAUGACUGCUCUGUUUUCAACCAUGAACUUCCCAGCUACAUUAAAGACAAUUUCGAGUCGGCAAGAAUUACCGAAAUAAACUGGGAAAUUAUUCAGGGUGGAGUGAUAGGGAACGGAUGUGGACAGCUAGCCCCAUACGCUCAUGGUGACUCUCUAUAUUUCAAUGGCUGUCAGAUUAGGCAAGCGGUGACAAAAUCCCUGGAUUUAACGCGAGCAAGCAAAAUAAUGUUUGUUUUGCAAAUUGGAAGUCUUUCACAAACUGAUAGUUGCAACACAAAUCUCAGUGACCCCAACACUGUGGACAAAGCUGUGUUGCUCCAGUACAGCGUAAACAAUGGGAUUACAUGGCAAGUCAUUGCACAACACCAGCCAAAAGACUUUAUACAAGCACAAAGAGUGUCUUACAAUGUGCCACUGGAGGCACGAAUGAAGGGCGUGUUACUUCGCUGGUGGCAAUCCCGCCACUGUGGCUCAGGCCACGAUCAAUGGGCUCUGGACCACGUAGAAGUUGUUCACACUCGCAAACAAAAUUACAUGAUGAAUUUUUCACGGCAACACGGGCUCAGGCAUUUCUACAACAGAAGACGAAGGUCACUUCUUAGGCGAUCCCCGUGAAGAAAAAGACAUUCCUUUCCCCACCCCCCUUUCCCCCACCCCCAACCUGUGACGUUUUGCUUUCAAUUCCCUUCAACCGCUCACCGCCAAUUUGAUUUACGAGGACUUUUUCUCCGCACCCACACAUCCGCACCCUUUUCCUUCCUGGAGGUAUAUUUUGAAAGCCUCCCUCAAGGCAGAAAGUUACGCCCUGUUUUUUUUUUUUCUCUCACUGUGAUCCUCAUGGGAAGCGAACUUAUUUUUCUCAUAGGUAAAUGUUUUUGAAUGUUGUUGUGUCUGUGGAAAAAAAAAUUGUGAUUCUGUUGUAAUACCAGUUACAGUGGCAGUAUUGGAAGUAAAGCGACUGUUUUGAACAGGAGAAAGAAGAAGAGGAAGAAGAAAAAAACAAGCGUGUAAGCACACAAAGACUUAAUAUUUAACGUCGGGAAAACUACGAUAUUAAGUACAACUCAUUAUUUAAAUGCACUGUAUUUUGGCUCUGUAUCAUAUUUUAUAUGAUUAAGUUAUUCUCGUCCUCUCUGUAUCCUCUUCUGCAACUUGAGCACAAGUGACGUCUGCACAACUUAAAGAACUUCGACGCUAUACAUAAAGCCGACGAACGCCGGACUCAAAAAAAAAAAUAAUAAUAAUCUCAAAAGCCAUUGUACGAGAGACCAUGAUGUCCUUCAUUCCUUCUCCUUGUCUACCUUGUUAAUCAUUGUUUGUGGUAACCGAAACAGAAGUUCCUAUUUCCUUGUUGAGAAGUACAGCUGUCCUCCGCGGAUGCGUUACUUAACAGUAGCUGCCAUUUGCUCUCGGUAGUAAUGGAGUGAUUUGUAAACAGUGGAACGUUUUUUCUUCUUCGUGUUUUUUUGUGGUUUCCUUUUGGAGGGGGGGGCUUCAUUCUGUACCUUGGGUACUGUCCUCCCCACCAGCAACACAAUUUAUGACCCCGCCACUCUCUUAACUGUCUGUAAACUUUCACUCUCCAAGGAGUCGACUAAAAUUCCAUGCUUCAAUAAAGAUGUCAACCCAU